AUGGAGGCUGGGCUCCUCACUGUCGUCCUGCGCGUUGUCAUGGUGCAGGCGCACACAGCCUCCCAGGACCUGCACCUGCAGAAGAUUGCAGGAUUCUGGCGGGAAGUUGGGGUGGCCUCCAGCCAAAACCUGGCACUGAAGACCCCAAAGAAGCUGGAAGCCUUGUUCCUGACCUUGAGUGGACGUGAGCUGACUGUGAAGGUUGCAUAUAACAGCUCAGGAAGUUGUGAGACAGAAAAAAUAGUGGGCUCAGAAAUAGACGUUUCAGGGACAUUUGCUUUUCCUGGCCACAGGGAGAUCCACGUGAUAGACACGGACUAUGAGCAGUACGCCAUUUUGAGGCUGUCCCUCCGCUGGCAAGGCAAGGACUACCAUGUGCUCAAGUAUUUCACUCGGAGCCUGGAGGAUGAAUACGGACCAGGCUUCCGGAGAUUCCGGGACUUGACUGCAGAUAUGGGGCUCUAUCUGGUGGCCCGGCACGGGAGAUGCGCCGAGCUCCUGAAGGAGGUGAGCCUCGCCCCGGGCUGCGCUGGGCCCCCGCCAAGCUGA